CGAACACAAAAAUCGUUUCACAUAGAACUCAUUUUUUGCCGUCCCCAGAAACAUGGUCCUGUUGACGGCCAUCGAGGCAGGUGCUCCUGUGCCACCACUUGGAAGGAUGAUGCAAGGCAAGGAAGAACGGUCUCCACUUUGCGAGGCCGAUCAGGACAUCGACAGCGAGGGACAACCCAGGAACCUGCCAAGGCUCGUGGGCGAGCUCCCCUCUGAUCGAACUGCACGGCGGCGAGCCCUGGAGAGUCGCUUGCGCAUCGCACAUGCGAAGGUGGCAAGCUUCAUCGAACGUCCCAUGAUUCAUUGGAGGUGUGCAAUCGUUGGCCUUUUGGUACUUGCCCUCAUCCGCACUGCAGCUGUCCUCCAGGGCAAUGUCCCAGGAUAUUCAGUCUAUGCGAUGCAUUUUCUCACAACCUCGUCCGAUGUGAUUUGUGUUGUGUGCAGCCUUCCCUUGUUCGCCUUCGGCACACGAGGAGCUUGUGUGCAGAAGGGGUGUUUGGGACCCAUGCUGACUUUGGUUUUCGCGAUGUCUUUAGUGGACUACAGUGCCUUUUGCGCGUACAUGCUGGUUGCCACACCAAGACCGUUGGCUCCUGGAUCCAGAUCGAUGCUGGAUGUCCUUGAAGCUAUGGUUGGAGUUUGGGAGUGGGCUCUUUUGGCCUCCGUUGCGCUGCAAACAGCUCUUUGUGCUUCUAGUUGGCGUGUUUACCGCGCUCUACGCAUGGCUGGGCUCUAUGCGCCAGAAAAACCUUCCGAUGUUGCCAGAGAUCGUCAGAAGGACAUAUCAUUCCUCGAGAUCGUUUGUGAAGCAGAGGACAUAGAGAGCCUGGAGCAAAUGGAGCUCACCUGCUGCGAGGUCCCGCCCAGCGAAGAAGUGACGAUUACGAGUGCAUCAAGCGGUAUCACCAACUAGACUAGACGCAUGGGAGCAAGUUUCACUCCAGAUAGGAGCUAAAGACCGCGAAAAAGUG